GGGGAAGGGGUGGCGGCGGAGAUCCCACACAAGCAGCCAAUCCAGCUGUCCCGGGGAGGAAGAGGAGGAGCCAGGGCCCGCCCCGGGUCUCCGCACUGCUGACUCCCGCGCUGUGAGGUUGGCACAGCUGCCGCUCUUUGGCUCGCUUGGUUCCCUUAGUCCCGAGUGCUCACCCACUGCAGCUUCCUUUCCCGUGCAGACAUGGCUUCAAGCACCACCACCACCGUCGUGAAGAUUGGAAUAAUUGGUGGAACAGGCCUGGAUGAUCCAGAAAUUUUAGAAGGAAGAACUGAAAAAUAUGUGGAUACUCCAUUUGGCAAGCCAUCUGAUGCCUUAAUUUUGGGGAAGAUAAAAAACGUUGAUUGCGUCCUCCUUGCAAGGCAUGGGAGGCAGCACACCAUCAUGCCUUCAAAAGUCAACUACCAGGCAAACAUCUGGGCUUUGAAGGAAGAGGGAUGUACACAUGUCAUAGUGACCACAGCUUGUGGCUCUUUGAGGGAGGAGAUUCAGCCCGGCGAUAUUGUCAUUAUUGAUCAGUUCAUUGACAGGACCACUAUGAGACCACAGUCCUUCUAUGAUGGAAGUCAUUCUUGUGCCAGAGGAGUGUGCCAUAUUCCAAUGGCCGAGCCGUUUUGCCCCAAAACGAGAGAGGUUCUUAUAGAGACUGCUAAGAAGCUAGGACUCCGGUGCCACUCAAAGGGGACAAUGGUCACAAUUGAGGGACCUCGUUUUAGCUCCCGGGCAGAAAGCUUCAUGCUCCGCACCUGGGGGGCAGAUGUUAUCAACAUGACUACAGUUCCAGAGGUGGUUCUUGCUAAGGAGGCUGGAAUUUGUUAUGCAAGUAUCGCCAUGGCGACAGAUUAUGACUGCUGGAAGGAGCAUGAGGAAGCAGUUUCGGUGGACCGGGUCUUAAAGACUCUGAAAGAAAAUGCUAAUAAAGCCAAAAGUUUACUGCUCACUACCAUACCUCAGAUAGGGUCCAUGGAAUGGUCAGAAACCCUCCAUAGCCUGAAGGCCAUCUCUUUUCUCACACUCUCUAACUCUCCUCCCCGCUACUCUAGUUCACUUAUUGAAGAAACCCGGCUUUUUUGUCCUGGAGAGCUUCCUAAAGUCCAGAUUCUUUUAACAGCAUCCCAAAGUGCAAGUAUAAUUUAAAAUCUCCUUCUGUAUUUCCUCUAAGUUUAUGCAUUAAACCUAGUCAUUUUUUUUUUCUUCUUCAAGGCUGCUGUAGAGGAUGUAAUGUGUUUUCCAUCAGUAGGCAAAUAAUGUCUCCUCUCUUUGAUGUUAGCAGCCAUUAACUUUCAAUGCCUCUGUCCAUUUUAAUAUGAGUUGCAAAAAAAUAGUAUUCUAUGUCAAAGUUACCUCCAUUUAAAAACAGAAAAUGCAAGACAGCCUUCAUGUUUUAAGAUUUAAAACAUCUAAAUAUACACAACUCAUGAAAUUUAACACAUUCAAUGAAAAGCUUAGUAAACAAAGAAUCAAAAUUCAUUAGUAUUUAAGAACAGAUCAUAUGUAUGUCAUAUAGACAUAUCAGAGACAUCAAAUAUGCAGGUCAUAAUUAGGAACAAAGCCAUAGGAAGGGAAAACAUAAGACUCUAUCUUAAAUACUAGACAAAUUUUAAAAAACUAAAUAGCACUGAAAAUGUAAAAUAUCAAUAAAAUGAGAAAGAAGGUUAAUCUGAACAUUAAGGUUGAAAAAAUUGGAGAGCUGGAUAACAAACUCAAGAAGUAGCCUGGGAUGGACAGAGAAAAAGAUGGUAAGUAUAAGGAGCUGAACACAUAAAAAGUGUAGCAGAAGUUCUGACAUAAAUCUUAUUACAUGUCCCAAAAAGAGGAAAUGAAACAUACGUGUUUCUGAAUUUCAGCGUGAUAAUGUAAGGAACGCUGGAUUCAGUUCCCAGCAAGACUAGUGAAAAUUAUUUUAAAACAACCAUUCAAAGUCUCUGAAAAUGGUCGGUGGACACACAGCAAGUUAAGAAACUUUCAAGAGCAUUUACUAAAAUUUGGUAAGAACAGUGAGAAUCUGCAGGAUUUUGAACUAUCUGCAUCCUCCUUUCUCACUCCCAACUCAGCAAGAUGGAAUCUUUCAGACUGGUGCAGCCAAGAACACAAGCGCCAUUUCACUCAGCUCCAGUUGAGGGGCUAUCAAUCCAGAAGGGACAGGAUGUAUUUCUCAUCCCGCCUCCACCUGUUGCUGAGGCUACAUUGCAGGCAAGUGCAAGUGAAAUCACGGCUCUUUUCUUAUGCCCAGGUACCAUUUAUGUGGAGAGAGAGAUCUACUCUGGAUGUGCUGCCACUGAAAGCACUGGGCCCCAGUCACCUUUGGUUUCAGCUUGUAAGGCAUUAAUUCCAUGCUAGGAUAAGCCAGCCAAAAACAACGACGACAAAAAUUCUGAACUUACUCUUCCCUUCCCCCACACCCCACUGGGCACUCAGUUCCAAGACAAGACUGGGAGUGUCACUUAGAGUGAAGCUGUCAUUGUUCCUGCUCCCAGUUUCAAAACCACAGCAGAGAUCUCACCUGGAAGGAGAUGAAGGCCACAAAUCAGAGAGCUCUUUAUCUUUUCCAAAUUGAACUGACUCCAUUGCAACACAGUGUGUACUCUCAAUGAGGUAGUUUUAUUGUUGGAAGUGACAAAGCAAUCAUCUAGCAAUUAGAGGAGCUUAACAACUAGAUAUGUAUAGGGGAAAAGAUAGCCAAAAAGAACCCUGCCAAAACCACUGUUAAAAGCUGACUUCUCAGCAGAAGCAGUGUAGCCCAAGAAGCAGAGUGAAUCUAUUCAAAAUGCUAAAAGAAAGAAACUUAACCAAUCCAAUAUUUAGUGCAAAGUAUGUUUCAAAAGCAAAAGAAAAUUGGAAGUAUUCCCAGAUAAACAUAAACAGAUAAUUUGUUGCUAACAGACAGACCCUCCUUACAAGAAAUGCUAAAAGAAGUUCUUUAGGUUGAAAGUAAGUGACCCAGAUGGCAAUUCAAUUCCACACACACAAAAAAACAAAGUGUACUGGUAAUGGUAGUUAUGUUAAAAGACAGUAUAAAUGAAUAUUUUUUCUCCUUAGCCAAGUUAGAAGGCACCUAUAUAAAAGAAGAUAUAUAUAUUGUAUUGCUGGGCUUUUAACAUAUAUGAAUGAAAUACAUUUUGCUGAUAACAGCACAAAGGAGGUAGAUGGGAGCAAGGUUGUAUUGAGCUAAGAAAAUUACUCCAGGCUAACACAUAUUGACAAGAACAAUUGAAGAGAAACAGAAAUAGUAAAUUAAUUUAAUAUGAUAAAAUCUAUAAAUACACACUUGUUCUCUCAGCAACCUUAAUGAUAUUAAAUUAUAUAAAGUAAUAAUUAUAGCAGUGUAUUUUGGGUUUGUAACAUUUAAAUUUUAAUAUGUAUAGCAACACAAAACGAGAAAAGAAAUAGAGCUACACAAGAGUAGUGUUUCUAAAUCUCACAAGAAUUAAUAUAAAUCUGAAGCUGAUUCUGAUAAGUUACAAUGUAUGUAGUAAGCCCUAGAGCAAUCAUUAAGGAAACUUACACACACACAUAUAUAUAUAUUUAAAGAAAUUGAAAUGCUACCUAGGUAAUAUUGAUUACUAAAAAACAAAGCAGUAAAGGAGGAAAAAAAGAACAAAAACAAGAUACAUGGAAAACAAAAGAAAAAUUAAAUAUAAGUAAUAACAUUAAAUAUGACCAGAUUAAACAAUCAAAAGGCAUUGUGUGUCAGACUGGAUUGAAAAAAAAAAGAUCCAACUAUAUGUGGUAUACAGGAGACAUACUUUAUUUAGAUUCUAAAUACAAAAAGAGUUAAAGGAAUCAAGUGCAAUGGCUCACACCUGUAAUCUCAGCACUUUGGUAGGCUGAGGUGGGAGGAUCAUUUGAAACCAAGAGUUUGAGACCAAUCUGAUUAACCUAGUGGGACCCCCAUCUCUACAAAAAGAUUUUUAAAAUUAGCCAGAUGUGGUGGCACACGCCUGUAGUCCUAGCUACUUGGUAAAGUGAGAUAGGAGAAUUGCUUGAGUUCAUGAGUUUGAAGUUUCAAUGGGCUAGGAUCACACUAAUGCAUUUCCGCCUGGGUGACAGAAUGAGACCCUGUAUCUUUUUUAAAAAAGGAAAAAAAAAAAAGGAAAGAUACCAUGCAACCAGUAACCACAAGAAAGAGAGUGAUGAUAAUAGUGUCAGGAAAAAUUAAAAAUCUUAAAAUGUUGCUGGAUACAAAGAGGGACACUGUAUAAUGAUCAAAGGGUCAAUCCAUGAGGAAGAUAUAAAAGUUAUAAACAUAUAUACACAUAAUUGCAAGCCAUUACAGUACAUGAAGCAAAAACUAGGAUAGAUGAAAGGAGAAAUAUGUAAGUCAACAAUAAUAGUUACAAAUUUUUUUUUUACCUUUUAGGUUCUGGGUACACAGGUUUGUUAAAUAGGUAAACCCGUGUCACACAGUAUCAUCACCCAGGUAGUAAACCUGGUACCCAAUGGUUAUUUUCUCUGCUCCUCACCCCCUCCCACCCUCCACCCUCAAGUAAGCCCCAGUGUCUGUUGUAUCUUCUUUGUGUCUGUUAGUUCUUAUCAUCUAGCUCCCACUUAUAAGUGAGAACAUGUGGUGUUUGGUUUUCUGUUUCUGUGUUACUUUACUAAUGAUAAUGGCAUCUAGCUCCAUCUAUGUUCCCACAAAAGACACAGUCUCGUUCUUUUUAAUGGCUGCAUUGUAUUCCAUGGUACAUAUGUACCACAUUUUCUUUGUCCAUUCUAUCAUUAGUGGGCAUUUAGGUUGAUUCCAUGUCUUGGCUGUUGUGAAUAGCACUGCAUGUGUCUUUAUGGUAGAUUGAUGUAUGUUCCGCUGAGUAUAUACCUAGUAAUGAGAUUGCUCGGUCAAAUGGUAAUUCGGAUUUUAGCUCUUUGAGGAAUCACCACACUGCUCCCCACAAUGGUUAAAUUAAUUUAUACUCCCACCAGUGUAUCAACGUUACCUUUUCUCCAUACCUCGCCAGCAUCUGUUUUUUUUUUAACGUUUUAGUAAUAGCUAUUCUAACUGCUGUGGGCUGGUAUCUUGUGGUUUUGAUUUGCAUUUCUCUAAUGAUCAGUGCUAUCAAGCUUUUUAAAAAUAUGAUUGUUGGCCACAUGUAUGUCUUCUUUAGAAAAGUAUUUGUUCAUGUCUUUUGCCCACUUUUAAAUGGGGUUGCUUGUUUUUUUAUUGUAAAUUUGUUUAAGUUUCUUACAGACGCUGGUUAGUAGACAUUUAUCAAAUGCAUAGUUUGCAAAUAUUUUCUCCCAUUCUAUAAGUUGUCUGUUUAUUCUGUUGAUAGUUUGUUUUGCUGUGCAGAAGCUCUUAAGUUUAAUUAGAUCACACUUGUUAAUUUUUGCUUUUGUUGCAAUAGCUCUUGGUUAUCUUUGUCACGAAAUAUUUGCUCAUUCCUAUGUCCAGGAUGGCAUUGCCUAGAUUGUCUUCCAGGGUUUUUAUAGUUUUGAAUUGUACAUUUAAGUCUGUAAUCGAUCUUGAGUUGAUUUUUGUGUAUGAUAUAAGGAAGGGGUCCAGCUUCAAUCCUAUGCAUAUGACUACCAGUUAUCCCAACACCAUUUAUUGUAUAGGGAAUCUUUUCCCCAUUACUUGUUUUUGUCAUCUUUGUCAAAGAUCAGGUGUUCAUAGAUAUGCAGCCUUAUUUCUGGGCUCUCUAUUCUGUUCCAUUGGUCUAUGUGUCCAUUUUUAUACCAGUACUAUGCUGUUUUGGUUACUGUAGUUUGGAGUAUAGUUUGAAGUUGGGUAACAUGAUGCCUCCAGCUCUUUGCAUAGGAUUGCGUUGGCCAUUUGGGCUCUUUUUUGAUUUCAUGUGAAUUUUAGUUGUUGUUGUUGUUGUUGUUGUUCUGUGAAGAAUGUCAUUGGUAGUUUGAUAGGAAUAGCAUUUGAUCUAUAAAUUGCUUUGGGCAGUGUGGUCAUUUUAAUGAUACUGAAUACUUGCUAUUUAUGAGCAUGGAAUGCUUUUCCAUUUGUUUGUAUCAUCUCUGAUUUCCUUGAGCAGUGUUUUGUAAUUCUUGUGGAGAUCUUUUACUUUCCUGGUUACCUGUAUUUCUAGGUAUUUUAUUCUUCUUGUUGCAGUUGUGAAUGGGAUUGCAUUCCUGAUUUGGCUCUCUGCUUGACUGUUGUUGGUGUAUAAAAAUGCUAGUAAUCUUUGUACGUUGAUUUUGUAUCCUGAAAUUUUGCUCAAGUUGUUUAUUUGGUGAAGGAGCUUUUGGACAGAGACUUCGGGGUUUUCUAUAUAGUCAUGUCAUGUGCAAACAGAUAGUUUUACUUCCUCUCUUCCUAUUUAGAUGCCCUAUAUUUCCUGCUUUUGCUUGAUUGCUGCAGCCAGGACAUCCAGUACUAUGUUGAAUAGGAGUGGUAAGAUAGGGCAUCUUUGUCUUGUGCCAGUUUUCAAGGGGAGUGCUUCCAGCUUUUCCCCAUCCAGUAUGAUAUUAGCUGUGGGUUCAUCAUAGAUGGCUCUUAUUAUUUUGAGGUAUGUUCCUUCAAUACCUAGUUUAUUGGGAGUUUUAACAUGAAGGGAUGUUGAAUUUUAUCCAAAGCCUUUUUCUGCAUCUCUUAAUGUAAUCAUGUGGGUUUUGUCUUUACUUCUGUUAAUGUGCUGAAUCACAUUUAUUGAUUUACAUAUGUUGAACCAACCUUUCAUCCCAAUAAUAAAACCAACUUGAAUAUGGUGGCUAAGCUUUUUGAUGUGCUGCUGGAUUCAGUUUGCUACUAUAUUGUUGAGGAUUUUUGCGUCAAUGUCCAUCAAAGAUAUUUGCCUGAAGGUUUCUUAUUUUGUUGUGUUUCUGCCAGGCUUUGGUAUUAGGAUGACACUGGCCUCAUAAAAUGAGUUGGGGAGGAGUUCCUCUUCCUCAGCUUUUAGAAUAGUUUCAUUAGAACUGGUACCAGCUUUUACUUACCCAUCAGGUAUAAUUUGGCUGUGAAUCUAUCUGGUCCUGUGUUUUUUUAUGGUUGGAAGGCCUUUUAAUACUGAUUCAAUUUCAGAACUCUUUAUUGUUUUGUUCAGGAAUUUAAUUUAUUCCUGGUUCAGUCUUGGAAGGGUGUAUGUUUCCAGGAAAUUAUCUAUUUCUUCAAGAUUUCCUAGUUGUGCCAUAGGGGCAUUUGUACAAUCUUUGAGGUUUUCUUUUUCUAUUUCUGUGGGAUUAUUGGUAAUGUUCCCUUUGUCAUUUCUGAUUGUAUUUAUGUGGAUAUUCUGUUUUUCUUUAUUGGUUUAACUAGUAGAUUAUCAAUCUUAGUUUUUCUUUCAAAGAACAAAUUUCUGGAUUUGCUUAUGUUUUGUAUGUUUUUUCAUGUAUCCAUUUUGUUCAGUUUAGCUCUGAUUUUGGUAAUUUCUGUUUUCUCCUACAUCUGGGGUUGGUUGGCUUUUGUUUUUCUAGUUUCUCUAGUUGUAAUUUUAGGUUGUUAAUUUGAGAUUUUUCUAACUUUUAAAAUUUUUAUUCUAUUUAUUUAUUUAUUUAGAGUUCAAGUUAUGAGACUGGCUAAUUUUUAUAUUUUUGGUAGAGUUGGGGAUUCACCAUGUUACCCAGGCUCAUCUCCAACUCCUGGGCUCAAGCAGUCCACCUGCCUUGGCCUCCCAAAGUGCUGGGAUUACAGGCAUGAGUCAUUGCACCUGGCUAAGAUCUUUUUAAUUUUUUAAUGUGGGUGUUUAAUGCUAUAAAUUCUUCUCUUUUUUUUUUUUUUUAUUGGAUUAUAGGUUUUGGGGUACAUGAGCAGAGCAUGCGAGACAGUUGCGUAGGUACACACAUGGCAGUGUGCUUUGCUUUUCUUCUCCCCUUCACCCACAUUUGGCAUUUCUCCCCAGGCUAUCCCUCCCCACCUCCCCCUCCCACUGGCCCUCCCCUUUUCCCCCCAAUAGACCCCAGUGUUUAGUACUCCCCUUUCUGUGUCCAUGUGUUCUCAUUUUUCAUCACCCACCUAUGAGUGAGAAUAUGUGGUGUUUCAUUUUCUGUUCUUGUGUCAGUUUGCUGAGGAUGAUGUUUUCCAGAUUCAUCCAUGUCCCUACAAACGACACGAACUCAUGCUGUUUUAUGUGUUCCAGAAAUUUUAGCAAGUUGUAUCUUUAUUCUCAUUAGUUUCAAAGAACUUCUUGAUUUCUCCCUUAAUUUUAUUAUUUACCCAAAAGGCAUUCAGGAGCAGGUUGUUUAAUUUCCAUUUAAUUGCAUGGGUUUUGAGCAAUUUAAAAAAUCCUGACUUCUAUUUUUAUUGUGCUAUAGUUCUAGAGUAUGUUUUGCAUGAUUUUGGUUCUUUUGCAGUUGCUGAGGAUUGUUUUAUGUCUAAUUAUGUGGUCAAUUUUAGAGUACUUGCCAUGUGGCAAUGAGAAUAAUGUAUAUUCUGUUGGGUUUGGGUGGAGAGUUCGGUAGAGGUCUAUCAGAUCCAUUUAGUUUAAUGUUGAGUUUAGGUCCCGAAUAUGUUAAUUUUCUGCCUUGAUCUUUCUAAUACUGUUAGUACAGUGUUGAAGUCUCUCAUUCGUAUUAUGUGGGAGCCUAAGUCUCUUUGUAGGUCUCUUAAGAACUUGCUUUAUGAAUCUGGAUGCUCCUGUGUUGGGUGCAUAUAUAUUUAGGAUAUUUAGGCUUCUUGUUGAGUUGAACCUUUUACCAUUAUAUAAUGCCCCUCUUUAUCUUUUUCUGUCUUUGUUGGUUUAAAGUGUCUUUUGUCUGAAAUUAGGAUUGUAACCCCUGCUUUUUUCUGAUUUCCAUUUGCUUGGUAGAUUUUCUUCCAUCCCUUUAUUUUUAGCUUAUGUGUGUCAUUACAUGUAAGAUGGAUCUCUUAAAGACAGCAUACCACUGGGUCUUGUUUUUUUUUUUAUCCAGCUUGCCACUCUGUGCAUUUUAAGUGGGGCAUUUAGCCUGUUUAUAUUCAAGAUUCGUAUCGAUAUGUGUGGAUUCAAUCCUGUCAUUGUGUUGUUAGCUGGUUACUAUGCCAGCUUGUGUGACUGCUUUAGUGUCACUGGUCUGUGUACUGAAGUGUGUUUUUGUAUGGGCUGGUAAUGGUCUUUUCUAUAUUUCGUGUUUCAAGAUCUCUUGUAAGGCAGGUCUGUUGGUAACAAACUUCCUCAGCAUUUGUUUAUCUGUAACAUACCUUAUUUCUCCUUUGUUUAGGAAGCUUAGUUUCAUUGGAUAUCAAAUUCUUAGUUGAAGAUUUUUCUUUGACUGUUGAAUCUCUUCUGGCUUCUAGGGUUUCAGCUGAGAGGUCUGCUGUUAACCUGAUGAGGCUCCCUUUGUAGUUACCUUCCUUUAACAUUCUUUCUUUAAUUUCAGUCAUGGAAAAUCUGAGGAUUAUGCAUCUUCAAGAUGAUCUUCUUGUGUAAAAUCUUGAAGGGGUACUAUGUAUUUCCUGAAUUUGACUAUUGUCCUAUCUAGCAAGGUUGGGGAAGUUUUCAUGGAUGAUAUCUUGAAAUAUGUUUUCCGUGUUGUUUGCUUUCUCCUCAUCUCUUUCAGGGAUGCCAGUGAUUCGUAGAUUUGGCAUCUUUAUAUAAUCCCACAUUUCUCAGAAGUUUUCUUCAUUCCUUUUCAUUAUUUUUAUUUAUUUUUGUCUGUCUUAUUUCAGUGAGCCAGUCUUCAAUUUCAUGACACUUUCCUCAGUUUGUUCUGUUCCACUGUUAAUACCUGGAGUUGCAUUGUGAAAUUCUUGUAGUGUGUUUUUCAGCUCUGUCAGAUCUGGUAAGUUCUUUUUUUUACUGGCAUUUUUCCUUUCAGCUCCUGUAUCAUUUUAUUCUAAUCUUAGUUUCUUUGGAUUGUGUUUUACCAUUUUCCUGAAUCUUAAUGAUCUUUUUUCCUAUCCAUGUUCUCAAUUCUAUUUCUGUCAUUUCAGCCAGCUCAGCCUGGUUAGGAAUCCUUGCUGGAGAAUUGAUGUGAUCACUUGGAGGACAUGACUCUCUGACCAUUUGAGUUACUGGAGUUCUUGCACUGGUUCUGUCUCAUCUCUGCAUGGGGGUGUUCCUUUAACUACAAUAUAGAUUGAAUGCUGUUGAUAGACUUUUCUGGAUGUUUUCACAGGGCCAAUGCUUUGUGUGGGGUCAUUGUUUGUAGUUGACUUCUUGUCUUUGGUUUCACAAGGGGAUAUAUUAGUGAGGUGUUUUUGGUGUUGAGGUUCUGGGGUCUGAUCCAGUAGGUGGUGCAUUGGUGUACUGGUGAGUUGGUAGAAUCUUGCUCAUUUUUAUGGCUCCCCUAUAUUUCCUCAAAGCUGUAGUCAUGGUUCCUCUCAAGGAUCUGAAAGUGUGGGCUCCUUUCCCUCUUGAGUACUGGCUGUAGAUAGUGGCUUGCUGCUCCUGAGCCUCAUAACACAGCUCUGGGGUGAUCUCAAGAUUUAUGUUCCCUCCCCAACUUGAAGGCAGCAGAGGAAGAGACUUCAGUAGUGGCUGUGGCCAAGGGUCUUUUGCUUGUCUCCUGGUGGGGGCUCCACCCCAGAGAUGCAGGUCAGCAAUCACUCAGUACAAUCAGCCCAGGAUAGAUGGUCUAUGAUGUGGGCCCAAGCUGGGGGUAUCCUGUCUGGCAAUGAGCAGGAGGAUGGAUGAGACCCACAGGAGAUAGAUUGGCCUUCUCUCCUUGUGUCAACUCCGGCAUGUUGGAGGUGUGGAUAGGGCACUUAAGAUCUUUGUUCCUUUGUUAGUCUGAGGGUAUCAAGGGCUGUUCCACUGCAGAGGCAGUGGCAGAGAGCCUUUUGGUUUCCCUGGAGGCUCCAUGAAACACAGAGCCAUCAUUACUGGAAGUGUUGAGGCAGUGUGGUGAGUGGCUGCACUGCUGGCCUGAGCCUGGGAUUCCACUUGUUGGAGAGCAGGGGUUCAAAGGCUCACAGGGAGGAAAGAUUGGUUUCUUUUCUGUAUGGUGGGUAUGGCAUGCUGUAAACUUGGGUGUAGCCUUCAGGUUCUUUGUAUCUUCCCCAGACCAAGGGCAGCAGGGAUAGAAGUGUUACUGUGGCAGUGGCAGAGGGGCUAUCAUACAUCUGAGAGCCUUCCUCAGGGAAACUCUGGGCUACAACAAGAGAUAUGUUCAGCUGUGGGUGGGACAACUGUUCUGCAUUUGUAAGUGGGGGGCCCUGUCUGGUGAAGAGUAAGGCUGGGGGUUCCUCAGGAAAAGGAGCUGGACUCCUCUUCAUUUGGUGGCUCUGGUGUGCCAGAGGUGCCAGUAUAAUGACUAGGCCCUUUGUUGCUUCCCAAGUCUGAGGGCUGUUAGGACUACCACUGCAACUGUAGUGGUAGAAGGGUUGUGUGUUGGCUCUAGGAUUUCCUUUUCAGAGAAAUACUAGGCUGCCUCUCAUUGAGGUGAUCACACAAGGGCAGGGUGGUUGUGCUAGAGUUCCAGGUCAGGCGACUCUGCCAUUGAGAGAAAUGAGGACCAGAUUUGCAUGAAUAGUUGGACCAAUUUUCUGUGAGGUGGUUGCUCUGUGUUGAGGGCCCAGACCAGCUUCUGGUCCCUGCAGACUCCCCAAGCCUGGAAACAGCAAUGUUGCAAAGGCUGCAAGACAUUAUGGCAACCCACCCCUCCCACCGGGAACUUUGUCCAGGGACUUACAGAACUGCCACUGGCUCAACAGCCCCAGUGGGGUGGUGGCUGGAGGGCUGGGCCUGGAGGACCCACCAAGUGAGGAGACAUGGGAAGGAACAGGUGCUCACGUAAUAGUCUGGCCACUUUUCCAUAGGGCUGCUGUGGCAUGCUCGGGGUCCACUCUAGUCUCUAUUCACCUUAUAUUUUCCAGAAAUAUUUACCUGAAAGUAUCAAUGGUGAAGACUGCAAAAAAGCAAAGAUGGCAGCCUGUCCUUCACUGUGGGUACCUUCAUCAGGGAGGUACAGACCUGUUGCCAGCCCAAAUGCACCUAUAGGAGGUUACUGGAGACCCCAAUCAGGAGGUCUUGCCCAUUAAGGAGGGACAGGAUUGGGGCCCUGCUUUAAAAAGCAGUCUGACCAUGUUUUUUUACAGAACAGCUGUGCUUUGCUGAGGAUCCGCUCCAGCCCCUGAUCACCUUCCUCCAAAGCCCAAAGACAAGAAUGGUUAAGUUGACAAAAAAACAAAGAUGAUGGCCCACCUCUCCUUCUGGAAACUCCAUCCCAGAGAGAUUUGAAACCACCGUCAGCUAGAAAACAACCAGGGUUAGGAGGUUUUGCCCAGUGAAGAGAAACAGGAUUUGGUAUCCAUGUAAACAAGCAGUCUGCCAACUUCUCCAUAGAGUUGCUGGGCUAUGCUGAGGGAGUGCUCUAGUCCCUAGUUGCUUCAGAUUCCCUAGAUCCCUAAGGCAACAAUGGCUGAAUUUAUGAAACAACAACGAUUAGUAGCCCACCUUUCCCCUGGGAGCUCUGUCUCAGGGAGGCGUAAAACUAAUACUGGUGACAGGUCUGAGUUCCAAGCCAAUGGGUCUUAUACUGCAAAGUGCUGUAGAAGUGGGGCCUGCAGCAUGUCACUGCUCAGCCCUCUGGAUUAAGCACCUUUCCUAGGGGUACCGAUGGGAGUUUAACCUCCUGUUUUGAUUGAGCUUCAGCCACUUUUGCCAGGAAGCCCAGGUAUGUAAGGCUCCCAAGGCUCCAUGUGUGCUUGAAUGGCUGCUCUGCCAGACUUAAUAUAGUUCUGCAUAUCAGACUGAAGGCUCUGGUAGAAUGGAUUCAUGAGGCAGUCUCCCAUGAAUUCUUAUGAAUUACAAAGAUCUGUAGGAGAAGCAUGGGUUUCCAGGGUCACUCAUCCACUCACGCAUCCCUGGGCAGGGAAAAUUCCCCUGACUCCAUGUCGCUCCUCGGUGGGUCAUUGUCUUGACUUGCUUUUCCUCAUUCUCUGUGGGUCAAGUUGUUUCCUUAAUUAGUCCUAGUACAGGAACCUGGAUAUUUCCAUUGAAGUUACUGUAUUUACUCGCCCCUUCUGUUCCUCUCUGUGAGGGCCACAUACCUUAGCUGCUUCUAGUCAUCCAUCUUGGCUACUGCCAAAUAGUUGGUGAUUUCAGUGCCUCACUUUCAGUAAUGAAUAGAACAAUUAAUCUGAAUAUCAACAAGAAAAUUGAAUACUUGAACAAAAUUAUACACCAAUUAGACCUAAGAAAUAUUUAUAGAACACUCCAAGGAAUAAAGCAGAAUAUACAUGUUUAAGUAUACGUGGAUUAUUAUCUAGAAUUAACCAUAGACCAUCAAACAAACUUAAAUAAAUUUAAAGUAUGGAAUAUAGAAAUAAUUAAAAGAUUAAAAUAAUGGAAGUACUGUAAAAUGUUUUCCAGUCACAUGGAAAAAACUACAAAUCAGUAACAGAAGGAAAAUUGAAAAAUUCAAAAGUAUGUAUAAAUUAAACAACAUACUUCUUAAGAACAAAUGGGUCAGAAUAAAUCAAAAGAGAAAUUAGAAAGUACUCUGUGAUGAAAACACAUACUAAAACCUGUGUAGCAGGUUUUAGCAAAAGCAGUGUUGUAAGAGAAAUUUAUAGCUACAAAUACCUAUGUUAAGAAAGAAGAAUAUCAAUAACUGAACCUUCCACUUUAAGAUACUGUGGCAAAAGGAGCAAAAUAAAUGAAAGCAAGAGGAAGAAAUUAAAUCAUUUAUUAAAGUUAAUGAAAUAAAGAAUAUAAAAACAAAAGAGCAAAUGAAAACAAAAUCUGUUUUUUAAAAAAGUAACAACAAAAUUGACAAAAUUUUAGCUAAAUCUGUUAAGAGAGAUAGGAUUCAAAUUGCUAGAAUUAGAAAUGAAAUGAGGACAUCACUACUAAUCUUACAGGAAUAAAAAGGAUUGUAAAAGAGUACUACAAACAAUUAUAUGCCAACAAAUUAGACAUCCUAAAUGAAAUGGACUAAUUUUUAGAAACACACAAACUACUAGAGCUGAUUCAAGAAGGAAGAGACAAUCUGAGUAGAUCUAUAACAAGGGGUAAGAUUAAAUUAGUGAUAAAAACACUACCCAUAAUAAAAACCCAAGCCUAGAUGGCCUCACACUGAAUUCUAAAUAUAUAUAGAAUAUUUAAUACCAAUUUUAUUUACACUUUUCCAAAAAAUAGAAAAGGAGGGAACACUUUCCACUCAUGUUAGAAGGCCAGUAGUAUCCUGAUGACAGAAUCAGACAAGGACAUCACAAGGAAAAUAAAUUACUGACCUAAUAUCUUAUAAAUAUGGAUGCAAAAUGCCUAAACAAAACUCUUGCAAACUGAAUCCAGCACAUAUAAAAAUAAUUUUAUACAUGACCCAGUAGGUUUAUCCCGGGAAUGCAAGGUUGGCUUAAGACCCAAAAGUGAAUUAAUUUAAUAAAGGCGACAGAAUAAAAAAAACUGAAACCAAAACCCAAUCUAUGUGAUCAUGUCAAUAGCUAUAGAAAAGGCACUUGCCAAAAGCCAACACUGUUUUGUGACGGAAACACUCAAUAAACUAGAAAUAGAUGGGAAAUGUCUUAAUCUGAUAAAGAAUAAUUGUUAAAAACCCACAGUUAGCAUCAUAUUUUAUAAUCAAAGACUGGAUAUUUUCCCUCUAAGAUCAGCAAAAAAGGCAAAGAUGUUAACUGUCAUCACUUUAUUUACCAUAACACUAAAGGUUCUGUUAAUAGCCAGGGAAGUAGGUAUGGUUUGAAUGUGUGCCCCAAAUUCAGUUAGUUGGAAACUUAAUUUCUAACUUUACAUAUUGAUGGUAUUUGGAGGUAGAGUUUUUAGGAUGUAAUUAGGAUUAGAUGAAGUCGUCAAGGUGGAACCCCCAUAAAGGAAUUGGUGACUUUAUAAGAAGAGGAAGUUAGCACACUUGUUCUGUCUCACCGUGUGAUGCCUUUUGCCAUAUCAUGAUAUAGCAAGAAGGCCCUCACCAGAUACCAGUGCCAUGCUCUUGGACUUCCCAGCCUCCAGACCCAUAAGCUAAAUAAACCUCUGUUUAUUGUAGAUAAUCCAGUUUGUAGUAUUUAGUUACAGCAAGACUAAGACAGAAAUUAGGCAGCAAAAAGAAAAAAAGGCCAUUUAAGUUGGAAAAUAAGUAAAACUAUUUCUAUAUUCCCAGACAACAUAAUCUUAUACAGUAUUUACAAAAUCCUAUAGAAUCCACUCAACAACAACUAGAACUAAUAAACAAGUUCAACAAGGUUGUAAGAUACCAUAUUAAUAUACAAAACUCAAUUGUAUUCUCAUGCAUUUCCAAUGAACAAUCCAAAAUGAAAUUAUAAUCCUAUUUACUAUAAAUAUUAUAAAAAGCAAUAAAAUACUUAGGAAUAAACUUAACAAAAGUGAAAAACAUACACUCUGCUUGUCCACUGAAAACUACAAAACAUUGCUGAAAGAAAUUAAAGAUGACACAAAUAAAUGGAAAGACACUUAGUGUUCAUACCCUAUAAGACUUAAUAUUGUUAAGAUGUCAGUACUAUGCAAAGUGAUCUAACAGACUCAACACAAUCCCUCUAAAAAUCCCCAUGGCAUUCUUUUUUUUUUGCAGAAACAUAAAAGUCCAUCCUAAAAUUUCAGUUAAAUCUCAAAGGACCUUCAGAAGCCAAAGCAAUUUUGAAAAAGAGAGAAGUUGGAAGUCUGAAAAUUCCUGAUCUCAAAAUGUAUUACAAAACUAUAAUAAUCAAAACACUAUGGUACUGGCAUAAAGACAAACGUAUUGACAAAUGGAAAGGAAUGGAGAGCCCAGAAUUAAAUGCUUGUAUAUACGGUCACGUGAUCUUCAACAAGGGUACCAAAAUCACUCAGGCAAAAGACAGUUUCUUUAACAAAUGCUGUUGUGAAAACUGGAUAUGCAAACGCAAAAGAAUGAAGUUGGACUCUUACCAUCACAUACAAAAAUUAACUCAAAAUGGAUUAAAAACUUAUACACAAAACCAGCAACUAUAAAAGCACUAGAAGGAAGAAAACAUAUGGGGAAAGAUUUAUGACAUUAACUUUAGCAUUAUUUUUGUGGAUAUGACAUUAAAAGCACAGGCAACAAAAGCCAAAAUAGACAAAUGGCACUAUAUCAAACUUUAAAACUUGUGUGCAUGAAAGGACACAAUCAACAAAGUAAAACAGCAGCCUGUGGAAUGAGAAAAAGCACUUGCAACCCAUGUAUCUGAUAAGGGAUUAAAAGAACUCUUAUAAUGUUACAACAAAUUAUCCAAUUUAAAAGAAUAUAAAAAGAACUCUUGUAAUGCCACAACAAAUAAUCCAAUUAAAAAGUAGGCAGAAGAGUUGAAUAGUUAUUUUUCAAGGAUAAUAUGCACAUAACCAACAAACAUGCAUUGCUGCUUGACAUCAGUAAUUAUUAGAGAAAUAGAAAUCAAAACCACAUUGAGAUAUCACUUCACACCCAUUACAAUGGCUACUAUCAAAAACAAAAACAGAAAAUAAAUGUUACUUUAGAUGUGGAAAAAUUGGGACCCUUCUACACUUUUAUUGAAAAUAUAAUAUGAUGCAGCCACUAUGAAAAGCAGUAUGGAGUUUUCUGAAAAAUUAAACAUAGAAAUACCAUAUGAUUCAGCAAUCACACCUUUGGGUAUGUUUCUAAAAUAAUUGAAAUCAGGAUCUUGAAGAAAUAUUUGCACACCCAUAUUUAUGGGAGCAUUAUUUUUUUAAUAUAUUUUUAUUUCUUAUUUCUAAAUUUCCCUAUAUCCAAGUACAGUUACAAUAUUUUAUGUUUUAGCCUUUUAGUUCCAUUUUUUUUCUGAUUUCCAUGAACUUUUUGAAGUUUCCUCACAUUUUAUUUACAAUAUUUGUGGCUUUGAGUGGGAGACUAUUCUGCUAUAAUGCUGAAAAUAGAAGUUGUCUUUUAUGUUAGUCUUCACCUUAACACACCAUUGAUCAUUCACUCAAGAUACCUCCAUUCUUUUCUUUUUUGUUGCAUUUUAGGUUUUGGGGUACAUGUGAAGAACAUGCAAGAUAGUUGCGUAGGUACACAUGUGGCAGUGUGAUUUGCUGCCUUCCUCCCCUUCACCUAUAUCUCGCAUUUCUCCCCAUACUAUCUCUCCCCAACUCCCCACUCCCCUCUGUCCCUCCCCACAACAGACCCCUGUGUGUAGUGCUCCCCUCCCUGUGUCCAUGUGUUCUCAUUGUUCAACACCCUCGUCUAUGAGCGAGAACAUGUGGUAUUUCAUCUUCUGUUCUUGUGUCAGUUUGCUGAGAAUGAUGGUUUCCAGGUUCAUUCAUGUCCCUACAAAGGACACGAACUCAUCGUUUUUGAUUGCUGCAUAAUAUUCCAUGGUGUAUAUGUGCCAUAUUGUCCCUGUCCAGUCUAUCAUUGAUGGACAUUUCGGUUGGUUCCAGGUCUUUGCUGUUGUAAACAGUGCUGCAAUGAACAUUCGUGUGCAUGUGUCCUUAUAGUAGAACGAUUUAUAGUCCUUUGGGUAUAUACCCAGUAAUGGGAUUGCUGAGUCAAAUGGAAUUUCUAUUUCUAGGUCCUUGAGGAAUCACCACACUGUCUUCCACAAUGGUCGAACUAAUUUACACUCCCACCAGCAGUGUAAAAGUGUUCCUAUUUCUCCACAUCAUAUCCAGCGUCUGUUGUCUCCAGAUUUUUUAAUAAUCACCAUUCUAACUGGCGUGACAUGGUAUGUCAGUGUAGUUUUGAUUUGCAUUUCUCUCAUGACCAGUGAUGAUAAGCAUUUUUUCAUAUAUUUGCUAGCCUCAUGUAUGUCUUCUUUUGUAAAGUCUGUUCAUAUCCUUUGCCCACUUUUGAAUGGGCUUGUUUGUUUUUUUCCUGUAAAUCUGUUUGAGUUCUUUAUAAAUUCUGUAUAUCAGCCCUUUGUCAAAUGGGUAGACUACAAAAAUUUUUUCCCAUUCUGUUGGUUGCCAGUUCACUCUAAAGACUGUUUCUUUUGCCAUGCAGAAGCUGUGGGGUUUGAUUAGAUCCCAUUUGUCUGUUUUGGCUUUUGUUGCCAAUGCUUUUGGUGUUUUGUUCAUGAAGUCCUUGCCUACUCCUAUGUCCUGAAUGGUUUUGCCUAGAUUUUCUUCUAGGGUUUUUAUGCUGUUAGGUCUUAUGUUUAAGUCUUUAAUCCAUCUGGAGUUAAUUUUAGCGUGAGGUGUCAGGAAGGGGUCCAGUUUCUGCUUUCUGUCCAUGGCUAGCCAGUUUUUCCAACACCAUUUAUUAAACAGGGAAUCCUUUCCCCAUUGCUUGAUUUUGUCAGGUUUAUCAAAGAUCAUAUGGUUGUAGAUACAUUGUGUUGCCUCCGAGGCCUCUGUUCUGUUCCAUUGGUCUAUCUCUGUUUUGGUACCAGUCCCAUGCUGUUUUGAUUACUGUAGCCUUGUAGUAUAGUUUGAAGUCCGGUAGUGUGAUGCCUCCUGCUGUAUUCUUUUUUUUUUUUUUUUUUUUGAGACGGAGUUUCGCUCUUGUUACCCAGGCUGGAGUGCAAUGGCGCAAUCUCGGCUCACCGCAACCUCCGCCCCCUGGGUUCAGGCAAUUCUCCUGCCUCAGCCUCCUGAGUAGCUGGGAUUACAGGCACGCGCCACCAUGCCCAGCUAAUUUUUUGUAAUUUUUAGUAGAGACGGGGUUUCACCAUGUUGACCAGGAUGGUCUCGAUCUGUUGACCUCGUGAUCCACCCGCCUCGGCCUCCCAAAGUGCUGGGAUUACAGGCUUGAGCCACCGCGCCCGGCCUUGCUGUAUUCUUUUUGCUUAGAAUUGACUUGGCUAUGUGGGCUCUCUUUUGGUUCCAUAUGAAGUUUAAGGUGGUUUUUUUCAGUUCUGUGAACAAGGUCAUUGGUAGCUUGAUGGGGAUGGCGUUGACUCUGUAAAUUACUUUGGGCAGUAUGGCCAUUUUCAUGCUAUUGAUUCUUCCUAACCAUGAACAUGGAAUGUUUCUCAAUCGUUUGUGUCAUCUCUUAUUUCAUUGAGCAGUGGUUUGUAGUUCUCCUUGAAGAGGUCCCUUACGUUCCUUGUGAGUUGUAUUCCAAGGUAUUUUAUUCUUUUUGUAGCAAUUGUGAAUGGCAGUUUGUUCUUGAUUUGGCUUUCUUUAAGUCUGUUAUUGGUGUAGACGAAUGCUUGUGAUUUUUGCACAUUGAUUUGAUAUCCUGAGACUUUGCUGAAGUUGCUUAUCAGUUUCAGGAGUUUUUGGGCUGAGGUGAUGGGGUCUUCUAGGUAUACUAUCAUGUCGUCUGCAAAUAGAGACAAUUUGGCUUCCACCUUUCCUAUUUGAAUACCCUUUAUUUCUUUUUCUUGCCUGAUUGCUCUGGCUAGAACUUCCAGAACUAUAUUGAAUAGGAGUGGUGAAAGAGGGCAUCCUUGUCUAGUGCCAGAUUUCAAAGGGAAUGCUUCCAGUUUUUUCCCAUUCAGUAUGAUAUUGGCUGUUGGUUUGUCAUAAAUAGCUUUUAUUACUUUGAGAUACGUUCCAUCGAUACCGAGUUUAUUGAGGGUUUUUAGCAUAAAGUGCUGUUGAAUUUUGUCAAAGGCCUUCUCUGCAUCAAUUGAGAUAAUCAUGUGGUUUUUGUCUUUGGUUCUGUUUAUGUGGUGAAUUACAUUUACAGAAUUGAAUAUGUUGAACCAGCCUUGCAUCCCCGGGAUGAAGCCUCCUUGAUAAUAGUGGAUAAGCUUCUUGAUGUGCUGUUGCAUUUGGCUUGCCAAUAUUUUAUUGAAGAUUUUUGUGUCUAUGUUCAUCAUGGAUAUUGGCCUGAAGUUUUCUUUCUUGUUGAGUCUCUGCCGGGUUUUGGUAUCAGGAUGAUGUUGUUCUCAUAAAAUGAUUUGGGAAGGAUUCCCUCUUUUUGGAUUAUUUGGAAUAGUUUCAGAAGGAAUGGUAACAGCUCCUCUUUGUGUGUCUGGUAGAAUUCGGCUGUGAACCCAUCUGGACCUGGGCUUUUAUUGUGUGGUAGGCUCUUAAUUGCUGACUCAACUUCAGAUCUUGUAAUUGGUCUAUUGAGGGUUUCAACUUCUUCCUGGUUUAGACUUGGGAGAAGGCAGGUGUUCAAGAAUUUAUCCAUUUCUUACAGGUUUACUAAUUUAUGUGCAUAGAGUUCUUUGUAAUAUUCUCUGAUGAUGGUUUGUAUUUCUGUGGAAUCUGUGGUUGUUUCCCCUUUAUUGUUUUUUAUUGCAUCUAUUUGGUUAUUUUUUCUUUUUUUUUAAUUAAUCUGAUUAUUGGUCUAUUUUGUUGAUCUUUUAGAAAAACCAGCUCCUGGAUUUAUUGAUUUUUUUUGAAGGGUUUUUUGUGUCUCUAUCUCCUUCAGUUCUGCUCUGAUCUUAGUUAUUUCUUGUCUUCUGCUAGGUUUUGAGUUUUUUUGAUCUUGCUUCUCUAGCUCUUUCAAUUUUGACGAUAGGGUAUACAUUUUGGAUGUCACCUUUCUUCUCAUGUGGGUACUUACUGGUAUAUAUUUUCCUCCAGAGACUGCUUUAAAUGUGUCCCAGAGAUUCUGGUAUGUUGUGUCUUCAUUCUCAUUGGUUUCGAUGAACUUCUUUAUUUCUGCCUUCAUUUCAUUGUUUAUCCAGUCAACAUUCAAGAACCAUUUGUUCAGUUUUUAUGAAGCUGUGCGGUUCUGAGUUAAUUUCUGAAUUCUGAGUUCUAACGUGAUUGCACUGUGGUCUGAGAGACUGUUUGUUAUGUUUUCCGUUCUUUUGCAUUUGCUGAGGAGUGAUUUAAUUCCAUUUAUGUGGCCAAUUUUAGAGCAGGCAUGAUGUGGUGCUGAGAAGAAUGUAUAUUCUGUGGAUUUGGGGUGGAGAGUUCUGUAAAUGUCUAUCAGGUUUGCUUGUUCCAGGUCUGAGUUCAAGUCCUAGAUAUCCUUGUUAAUUUUCUGUCUGGUUGAUCUGUCUAAUAUUGACAGUGGAGUGUUAAAGUCUCCCACUAUUAUUGUAUGGGAGUCUAAGUCUCUUUGUAAGUCAUUAAGAACUUGCCUUAUGUAUCUGGGUGCUCCUGUAUUGGGUCCGUAUAUAUUUAGGAUCAUUAGCUCUUCUUGUUAUAUCAAUCCUUUUACCGUUAUGUAAAGUCCUUCUUUGUCUCUUUUGAUCUUUGUUGCUUUAAAGUCUAUUUUAUCAGAGACAAGAAUUGCAACUCCUGCUUUUUUUUUUUUUUUCUCUCCAUUGGCUAAGUAAAUGUUCCUCGAUCCCUUUA